UUGAACAACCUCCACCUCCAACCACAAAGAAUGACGCAUGCAUACAUGCGUCAUUCCCUUUCCCGAUAAGGAACCAAAACCCCUCACCACUACCGCGGCAGCCGCCACCACUUUCUUUUCGACCACUCUCACCGGCCCAACAGAUUGAAGGAGAAUUAACCCAACUAGCUAGCAACUAGAAACAGAGCUCCAUCUAAUCCACAUGGGUAACUGCUGCGUUUCAUCGUCCCCUGCUCACACCACCGCUCUUUCUACCCCAGGGACGUCGACGACGAAUAUAAACCAGAGCAGCAACGAAGUGAGUUCGUCCUCAUCGGGGGCAGCGAGCAGAGGCGGCGGGAGCCAGGAGAAGGAGAGUGGUCAGGUUGGCGGCGAAAUCUUGGCGGCGCACAACCUGAAAGUGUACGGAUUCGAGGAACUGAAGAAGGUGACGAAUAACUUCAGGGCAGAUGGGGUGCUGGGUUUAGGAGGGUUCGGAACGGUGUACAGAGGGUGGGUUGACGAGAAGACGCUGGCGCCGUCCAAGAUCGGAACCGGAAUGGUGGUGGCCAUCAAGAGACUCAACCCAGAGAGUAAGCAGGGUGUUAAAGAGUGGCAGUCAGAGGUGAAUUUUCUUGGAAGGCUUUCCCAUCCAAACUUGGUGAAGUUGUUGGGAUAUUGUUUGGAGGGUGAAGAACUGCUCCUUGUGUAUGAGUUUAUGCCAAAGGGAAGCUUGGAGAUCCAUCUCUUCAAAAGGGUUUCUGCGACUGAACCACUUUCUUGGGACCUGAGGCUCAAUAUAGCCCUAGGUGCAGCCAAGGGCCUGGCUUUUCUGCACAGCUCAGAUAAACAAAUUAUUUACAGAGAUUUUAAGACCCCCAACAUUCUGCUUGAUGAGAACUACAAUGCAAAGCUAGCAGAUUUUGGUCUAGCAAAAUUGGGGCCAUUACCAGGGAACACGCACGUGACUACACAAAUUAUGGGCACACAUGGCUAUGCUGCUCCCGAAUACAUUGCAACAGGUCAUCUGUACGUGAAGAGCGAUGUUUAUGGGUUCGGGGUGGUGUUGCUGGAGUUGCUGACGGGACUGCGCGCAUUCGAAAAAGAUCGUCCGAAGAAGCAGCAGGACUUGAUCGAAUGGGCGAAACCACUGCUUCCCCACAGAAGAAAGUUGAAAAGCAUUAUUGACGGAAGGAUGGAGGGUCAGUACUCGUCCAAGGCAGCAUCGCGGUUGGCUCGUCUCACGCUGAAAUGCUUAGGAGAGAAUCCCAGAGCCCGUCCCUCCAUGAACGAAGUUGUGGAGGCUCUGGAACGAAUCCAAGGUCUCUAAACAAUGGAAGCGUGCGUGCAGGAGGAAUUGAACUGAGCAUACAGCUGGUUUGGGGUAGAUAGAUAGAUAACUACAGGUAGUGUUCGUGCCCUUGUUAAUUAAUUCGUGGGAGUGUACGUUGGGGAGUGCAUGGGAUUCUUUUCCCCUCAUCGUGUAUGCUGUUUGCUGAAUUCUCUAGAUCUGUAUUUGUGCUUGGGCUAGCUCUCCGUUUGUUGGAAGUUUUAAGAGCUGGUUUGCAUUGUGUAUAUUCCGUUCUCAUAGCUGCCAACAGCCAGUUCAUUAUCGAUAUCGAGAAGCAGCGAAGACAAUAUGAGUUUUGACACAA